AUGUGGUUUAGUGGACCUGAAUUUUUAAAAAAGGUAGAUGAGGAAUGGCCUCAAAACCCAAAUAUUGAAACUGAUCUUCCGCCAGAAGAAAUGAGAAAGUCUUCGUUUAACACAACUAUUGUCGUAAAAUCUAUAAUUUCGCAAAUCAUCACCAGUCAGUCAUCGUAUCUUCGUAUUCUACACAUUAUUAUUUAUAUUCAUCGUCUUUUUCACAAAUCUAAACGGAACUUAUUUAUAUCGUCAGAAGAACUGCAACUUGCAUUCUGGAAAGUAGUCCAUGACAUUCAAUCAACAACAUUUAAAGAUGAAAUUGAUCUUCUUCGAAAUGGUCAAACUCUAAAACCAAGUUUCCAAAAGUUAUCGCCUUUUUUACACGAAAUUCGUAGUUACAAAACAACUUUACUAAUUCUCAGAGUUGGUGGCAGGCUAGCAAAUUCAUCGCUGUCGUAUGAUACCAAGUUUGCAGCACUUCUUCCAAAAGAUCAUCAUUUUACAACCUUGUAUAUUAAAUACCUUCAUCUAAAACAUUUGCACGCGGGUCCAAAGGCUCUACUGGGAAUUAUUCGUCAACAAAUUUGGAUUAUAAAUGGUAGAAAUAUCGUUAGAAAAGUGGUUCGCAACUGUGUCCACUGUUUCAAAUACAAACCUCGACUCAUGCAACAAAUCAUGGGAGAUCUUCCAGCUGAUCGUCUAAAAGCUCAACGUCCUUUCCUAGUUUGUGGUGUUGAUUUCUGUGGACCAUUCUACAUAUCGUACAGAAUUAGAGGGAAGCCACCUUACAAAACUUAUGUAGCAAUAUUUGUUUGUUUCGCCUCCAAGGCUAUUCAUAUCGAAGUAGUCUCAGAUUUGUCUACUAAUACAUUUCUCUUAUGCUUAAAAAGAUUUAUAGGUAGACGUGGUAUACCUUUGCGUUUAUACUGUGACAACGCAACAAAUUUCGUUGGCGCUAACUUCAAACUUCAAGAAUUCAAACAACAUUUUUUCAAUGAUGACAAUGUUAAAUCUUUAAUGAACUACAGCGAAAUUACAGGCUUCAAAUUUGUAUUUAUCCCUCCCCGAUCACCACAUUUUGGCGGCCUUUGGGAAUCGGCUGUAAAAUCUACAAAAAAUAUUCUUGUUAAAAACAUGUCCAAAUCUGGAGUCACCUAUGAAGAAUUUCAAACCAUUCUAAUUGAAGUAGAAGCUAUAUUAAACUCACGGCCUUUAACACCCAGAUCUGACGAUCCUAAUGAUGGGGAAGCUUUAACCCCAGCCCAUAUGAUCAUUGGUUCAUCUUUGUUGUCCCUACCGGACGAAAACUUAAUAGAUUGUAAAAAUUUAAAUUAUUUAAAACGUUGGCAAUUGGUGACAUAUUUAAAACAACAGUUUUGGAUGCAGUGGCUUCGUGACUAUGUUUUGAAUCUUCAACAAAAAUCUAAAUGGUUCAAACCGUGUGCUAACAUUGAAGAAGGACGACUGGUUAUUGUACACGAAGAUAAUUUACCACCACAGCAUUGGGUUCUUGCUCGUGUCGUAAAAGCCAUCCCUGGACGUGAUGGAAAAAUCCGUGUUGUAGAUGUCAAGACUUCAAAAGGCAUAUAUCGAAGGGCAAUUCAAAAAAUUGCACCACUUCCGCUUGACGAAGAUGAUUGA